GCCCGUCUAUAUCCGCCUCCAAACCCUACCCUUCUUCAUUCCUUCCCCUCCGGCGCCGCCACCCCAGACUCUCCGCCGCCGGCAAGAUGGGCCGCGUGAUCCGCGCUCAGCGUAAGGGUGCGGGGUCCGUGUUCAAGUCGCACACCCACCACCGCAAGGGCCCUGCCCGGUUCCGGUCCCUCGACUUCGGCGAGCGCAACGGGUACCUCAAGGGCGUGGUCACCGACGUCAUCCACGACCCGGGCCGCGGCGCGCCGCUGGCCAAGGUCACCUUCCGCCACCCGUUCCGCUACAAGCACCAGAAGGAGCUCUUCGUCGCUGCUGAGGGCAUGUACACGGGCCAGUUCGUCUACUGCGGACGCCGUGCUACGCUCUCUAUCGGCAACGUCCUGCCGCUCAGGGGGAUCCCCGAGGGUGCCGUCGUCUGCAACGUUGAGCACCACGUUGGGGACCGCGGCGUCUUUGCCAGGGCGUCUGGGGACUACGCUAUCGUCAUCAGCCAUAACCCAGACAACGGCACAUCAAGGAUCAAGCUCCCGUCUGGUGCUAAGAAGAUUGUCCCAAGUAGCUGCCGUGCCAUGAUCGGGCAGGUCGCUGGUGGUGGCAGGACUGAGAAGCCAAUGCUGAAGGCUGGCAAUGCCUACCACAAGUACCGUGUGAAGAGGAACUGCUGGCCUAAGGUGCGUGGUGUGGCCAUGAACCCUGUUGAGCAUCCUCAUGGAGGAGGUAACCACCAGCACAUUGGUCAUGCCUCCACUGUCCGCCGUGAUGCUCCUCCUGGCCAGAAGGUUGGUCUCAUUGCCGCGAGGAGGACUGGUCGUCUUAGGGGCCAAGCUGCUGCUACUGCUGCCAAGGCUGACAAGGCCACUUAAACUCGUUAAAUUUUCUAUAUGCAGCAUUAGAUAUCUUAUAGAUUAAAACAUGUUUGGAUCUUAAUUUUGUGUGUCAUUCUGAUGAGCGAUGAACAUGGACGUUUCAGUUUUUGUGGCAAGCUACUGAUGAGAUUUUUGUUCUCUUUAAUCAAAGUUGUACUUUAUGUUCUCUUGUUUU